ACAGUCAAGGAGCGAAACUGACAACAUUUAUCUGACAUUAGAGGAGCUAGUUAAUUCCUGCUCACAGCCUCUACUCGUGCUAACGUUAGCAUAGAUUACCAAGACUGAAUAUAACAGCUAGCUAGCUUGUUAGUUGGGUGUAACGUUAGAAGAGACUGUUGCCCUGAAAGGUUCUCGCGACAUUUAAAUACUUAAGAAGUUGGGAUUCGCACCUUUUGUCAAGCAGAGAUAUUUUUAAGAAAACGCGUAAGCUGUUGCUAUAACGUCACGUCGUUAGCUAGAGAUUCGUUAAUGUUAGCCAACGUUAGCUUGAUGCUCAUGAUCAGUUAGCUAGCGUUAGCCACUGCUAGCAUGUAUUCUCUAAGGAGCGUGUAUAUUUCGGUUAGUCGGUGUUUUGUAGCAUAGGCCAGUGGUUGUUUACUUAACUUGACUUGUCUUGAGUUUUGUGUAUUUUCCUAGGUAGUUAGCUUUAAGGGGUAUUUAGCAUUAGCAACCCAACAUUUUAUUAGAUAUGUGAUGGCUAACGACAGCUAGUUAGAUGUAGCUAACGGUAUAAGAGGGACACUCUAGUCUAGAAAGGGCACCACCCGUUUCAGACAAUGGAUGUGACAACUAAAACUGCCGAUAACUAAAUGCUUAAAAAAACUGUUAUGGUGGUUGUCAUCGCUUUGUAGUGUCAUUUUGUGUUUGUGUAAGAACAAAUUUAUUCCAAUUUAGUCCAAAGUCUUCUUCCUCUUUACAUUUGACUCUCAAAGAUCAAAUAAAGAACAGUUAGGGCUGAGGUGGAUUAGAGUUAGUCUACUGAGUCUAUUAGAAUACAUGAAGAAUUGUAGUCAACUGUAGCUGAACACGUAUCACUAGCAUGUCUCCCCAUGUCUCAACAGACCAUAAUGUCCCGCUCCCAUGAUAAUGAGGAUGGAUGCUUUGUUGCCAUGGAUACAGAGGAUGAUGGUGCGGAGCCUGCUGGGAUAACAGAGGAAGAGGAGGCAAACAUGGGGUCCUGCCGACAAGAAGGGAACAUGGACUUCGGUGCCAAAGGAGGGGGGAGAACAAUGGAGGAGUUGCCAGAGGAAGUUCUUGAAUACAUUCUGUCCUUCCUCUCACCUUACCAGGAGCACAAGACUGCUGCACUCGUGUGUAAGCAGUGGUAUCGCCUCAUUAAAGGUGUUGCUUAUCAGUGCUACCACGGUUUCUUGAGAGCUGUCCAGGAGGGAAAUAUCCAGUGGGAAAGUCGCACGUACCCGUAUCCAGGAACCCCGAUCACUCAGCGCUUCUCACACAGUGCAUGCUAUUAUGACUCAAACCAGUCCAUGUAUGUAUUCGGGGGUUGCACUCAGAGUAGCUGCAAUGCUGCCUUCAAUGAUCUGUGGAGACUUGACCUCAACAGCAAGGAAUGGAUCCGCCCUUUAGCCUCAGGCUCUUAUCCGUCUCCUAAAGCUGGGGCGACUCUAGUGAUGCACAAAGAUCUGUUGGUGCUGUUCGGGGGAUGGACUCGUCCCAGCCCAUAUCCACUGCACCAACCAGAGAGGUUUUUUGAUGAAAUCCACACCUACUCUCCUUCAAAGAACUGGUGGAACUGUAUAGUAACAACACAUGGACCUCCACCUAUGGCUGGCCACUCCUCCUCUGUGAUUGGAAACACCAUGGUGGUUUUUGGGGGAUCACUAGGAGCACGGCAAAUGAGUAAUGAAGUCUGGAUUCUGGAUCUGGAACAGUGGUCCUGGUCCAAACCACCUAUAUCUGGCCCAUCACCUCACCCGCGAGGAGGCCAAUCACAAAUUGUGAUUGAUGAUCAGACAUUGCUCAUCUUGGGAGGCUGUGGCGGUCCUAAUGCACUCCUUAAAGAUGCCUGGCUCCUCCACAUGGAUGCACCACCAUGGAGGUGGCAGCAGCUGAAGGUGGAAAACGAGGAGCAUGGGGCGCCGGAGCUGUGGUGUCACCCAGCUUGUAGAGUGGGCCAGUGUGUGGUGGUUUUCUCACAGGCUCCAUCUGGCCGUGCACCGCUCAGCCCGAGUCUUAACUCUCGGCCCUCCCCAAUAAGUGCCACACCUGGCCCUCUGGGCUCCGAACCGCCUUCCCUGCGCUCCCAGUCUCCUGUUCGUAGCGGGGCUGCCGGUGUUGUCCUGGGAGCUGUCGAAGAGGCUCCGUGUGUAAACGGCCGAUGGGGCACGCUGAGACCUCGGCCUUCAGCAAGAGGAAGUGCCAGAGGAGGCAGCCCGUCCUCAUCCCAACAGCCGUCUCCUUCACAAGGCCCAGACAGCCCUCCUCUUCCUCCACUUCCCCCCUUGUUAAAUGGAUCCUCCCCUUCACCAAGGACCAGCCCAGCCCAGGCUGCAUCUCCCUCCUCUCGCCCUCUCCCACCUGGCUCCACAGACUAUGGCUGGGAGUCUCCCCCUUCUGCCGCUCACCACCCUGAGGUGCCCAGCACCAAUGGCCUGCAUACACCUGAUGCAGGCUCCCCACACACUCCCCCGGGGGCAGUGUCCCCCGCUGCCUUACGACGAGGUCUGGAGGCAGUGAAAAACAAAUCUUCCUCAUCUUUACCGUCUUCAUCGUCAUCGCCUUCCCCUCAGACACAGGGGGCUUCUCCUGUAGGAGGAAGUGGUGGAGGAGGAGCGGGUCCUCCUGGAACCCCUCCGUCUUCAUCCUCCAGCCCUCCACAGGCUGCUGGAGCUGAUGGACACGCCAUCCCACCUAUUGCACGGCGUCUUGGCCAUCACCCGCCCCAAAGCCUGAACGUAGGGAAACCUCUGUACCAGUCUCUCAACUGCAAGCCCAUGCAGAUGUACGUGUUGGAUGUGUCCAGGGCCAAGUCUGCUCGGGUGGUGUCCUGGAGAGUUUAUGGGAGCGGGACCCCUGCUGCAGUUACAGGGCCUCCUGAGACCAGCCUUCACACAGUGGUACAGGGCAGGGGUGAGCUCAUCAUUUUUGGGGGCCUAAUGGACAAGAAACAGAAUGUGAAGUACUACCCUAAAACCAACGCCUUGUACUUUGUACGAGCCAAAAGGUAAUGCAGCUCCAGGCGGGAUUGGGAAGACAGACUUCACCCUGUCACCACACAAGGGAAUUGACACACAAUGCCUUUUUCCUAUAGAGAGGAUUAUGGGAAAAGAACAUAGUCAUUGUUAGAUGUUCCACUUCAUAAAUUCACUAUUCUCCCUUCUGCCUACUACAAGCAUUCAGAAAUAAAACACUUUAACUACACUUUGAUAAAUACAUUUGGUUGAAUGAAGAUCCUGUGUGUGUGUGUGUGUGUGUGUGUGUGUGUGUGUGUGUGUGUGUGUGUGUGUGUGUGUGUGUGAGAGAGAGAGUGACUGACUGACUGACUGACUGACUGCAGUGAUGAGAGAGAACAGGACAUUAUUUUGUUGUUCCCCAAAAGGGGAUCAGCCAAACGAUAACAUUUCAGUUUUUCUGUUCGCCCUCUUCUGAACUGUUGAAAUAGAGGAACUCUGGGAUAACGGACGCGGAAACGAUUGACGACUACCUUGCUUUUUGUAUCACUCUUUAAGCCUGCAAUGUUUACAUUGAAAACAGAGUGUGUGUGUGUGUGUGUUGUGUGCACGGUGGUGGUUAAAAGUUGUUGACUAAUGUGUGUCAGGGGCCAUGGUGGGUGAGAGAUGUGGCACUGUACUAUGAACAUAGUUAAACAAUAAAGGCCUCCAUGUCUGCUCUGUCA